GCCGCCAUAGCCGCUCCCCGGGCAACGAAGGAGGAGAAACCGGCGAAUCAUUCUCUCUUCCUCUCUCACCCUCCUCUGUCUCUCUCCGUUUUCUCGUUCUCUCCGUCUCUGUCCGACGUUCCCGGGUGUCCGCGUUGCGGCGCGCGUUUCGCGGCGGCGACGUUUUAACCCAUAUUCCAGUCUAGAAUUUCACCAGCGUGGCACGUCGUCUCGCACGCGCGCGAACCGACGACCGGGCGACCGACCGGGCGAGCACCCGGCAGCGAGAGUGACGUGGAUCUGGACACGCGAGUGUCCGCUUUCGCGGGCAGCGUGUACAUCCGACGACGGGAGCGCGUAGAGACCGUGCUGCUGACGAGGCAUCGUCGACGACGACGACGACGACGACGGCGUCGACGACGACGACGGCGACGAUGGCCACCGGGCGAGCGUAGAGCAACGUGGUGAGAGCGUACAACACGCGCGGCGCGUCUAAAUUGCUCUUCUACUACUUGCGACGACGACGAUGACAUUUCGACGACGACGACGGCGGUAGAGAGGCUUCGUGCGCGUGUCACUCGUCGACGUGGGUGACCGCCGUUCAUCGUCGGAUGCCAUUGAAGGCGCGAGGGUGACCGGUGAGGGUAGUUGACGGCGAUAGCCGCGGAAAGAACAGGAUCUUAACGAUUAGCGGUUCUCUCGAUCGCGAUAAGACCCGGUGAUGUUCAACCGACUGAGGAAGUCUUUUAAAGAUCAGCACUCGCACAUAUAAAUGUUGCCGGCGUUUAUAAUUAACAUUGCGUGUACAUGUUACAUACUUGAGUAGGAAUACGGUGACAUCGACGGUGAUGACGGUUCGUAAUCGUGAAUAAAAAAUGCAAACCGUAGUAGUGAGGUCUAUGCGGCGAGGGGAAGUUUGUGGUGUCGAGGGUGGCGGCGAGCCGUGAACUUGGGGGAUGCUAAAAUUUUUGUGCGCCAUGUUAGUGUGAGUGUUUCGCUGGUGGGUCACGAAUGCCAUUGCGUAAACGUGGUUCAUGCGGAAUGGAACACCAUGGUGUCGAUCCUGACCCGUAUAUGUCAACGACGGUGCGGUCAUCGAGCGAUUGUCGUUAAUACCCUGAUGGAUGAUUAAAGGCUGCCGUCUCGUGUCAAGCAUGCGAUUCGCGUAGAACGAUAGAUGCUUGUUGCAACGUGUAACUGCUGAAUCUCUGACGAGAGACGAUGACGUAAACGCAGAUGUCAGGCGUGGAUUUUAGACUUUGUCGAACUUUAACACUUUCCUGAAUGUGAUACCGAGAGGUCAAACGUCUAUUAACGUCACCGUUAUAAAUACGUACUAAUUUUACGUUUAUUCGAGGCUGCGGUUAAUUUUGAAGGGGGUACUUUUGUGGUGACGCGAAUAAACGAAAAUUCGAGGAGCAUCAGGAGAGAGAAAGGCGGAUGAUCGAGGAUACUUGGGAUGAAUUGAAUUGUGGGAAUUAGUACUUCGUGAAAGAGAGUCCGGAAAAUUGUGCCAGAAGCCGCGAUUGCCCGGCCAUGAAGUACGCUGCACAAUAAAACUUACGCCACUUCACGAGGCAUCCUGGAAAGAGGUCUACCGGUCGGAAGAAGGCACUCCGCAGUCAAUAACGCGCCGUCGAGUGUCUACAGACGAAGUACGCACGAUAUUCACCGGAGAAUUUAAUUAAGCGACCAAACACCCGGAAUACCUACGAGCCGAGCACACAGUAGGUUCAAAAUAUCUCGCCGGCGGCGAAGUCGAUUGCGCGAUCGGACGUCAUCGCGAAUGUCGCGUCAUCGCGUGCGUCACGUCAUCGCGAAUCGAGACGAUUUAACGACGAACUUGUAAUAACUAAUGAAUGCAGACGUUUACAUACUAAAAUUAUAGGACCGGAAAUCACCUAGUUUUCCGAGGGUUUCGCGCCGCGCAGGACAGUGAGACGCGAUUUUCAGAUCUCUUUCAUUACGUUUUUCAAUUCGUCACUCGAGAAUGUAACUUUAAACGCGGGAUCAGAUUAUGCGGCGAAGAAAGUAAUAAUAAUCCCGAGAAAUAAAUUGCCAGUGGCGAUCGAUGGUCGACCGAUCCGUUCGAUCGCGACGGCGGCGUCGAGUAACGCCGUGCGUGUCGGCACGUGCAUGGCAUUAAGUGAACCGCCGCAAACAAUUGAUCGCGACAAUUCGAUUGCCGGUGCAUCUGACGCCUCAAGUUCCGGCUUUCGCCUGUCCGAUAUCGUACAUAGCGCGGGAACGCGCGUAAUCGCGGCUCAUUAAGCGCUACGAGCUUUCAACAGCACUGGCCGUUUGAUCGCGUCGCUUUGUACGCCGCGACGAUGUAACGAGAGAGUCGGCUCCGCGAGUCACGUGGACCUGACAAUUCUGUACGACGAGAGAGAACGGCAAGCCGAAUCUGCCGAUUCGCUGGGAAAUUAGGAUUAGCGGUCGAUCAUACCGAUAGUUUAGCACGAAGACAUCCAAGCCGAGCCGGUCCGUUUACCAUUUCUCCAAUUAAGCGCGACUUUAAGUGCAUCGAUAAAAGCAAUAUUCUGUGAGUCGGAAGCGCGAAGCGGAAUUCUGCGGCCGCGAUCGGCGAGUGUGCCGAUCGUUACGGCCGCUACGCGUGAAUUCGUCGUGAGAGUGCCGGUGAUUGUGACGGAAUCGAGGUGCCGAUUCUAGGGUCGAUCUGACACGCACGACGACGCCGAUCUCUCCCCCCCCCCCCAGCCCCCACGAUUCGCGAGGAACGUAGUCACGAUCUCGCGAUGCCGCGGCGUCCCAGCAACGUCAUCGCCUCGGCACAUCGCGAGCUGCGAGCGACGAGAUGAGAGGGGACGGCGUGCGGAAACAAGAGUAGAUACCGUCGCGCUGUAUCCACGUACUUCGAAGACGAGUUCUCCAGCCGUGGACGGAUCGAACGCGGGGUAUCGAGUUUAUCAGCGAGAGUGGUUGAACGUGGAGUAGGCGAGAGCCGGCAGCAGCGACACGUGAGACGAGUGUCGUCGCUCGAGACACUUGUUGCACGUCGACCGUCCCUUAAAGAGGGUCUGUCGGCGUCAAUAUCGGGCCACAGGGUUGCGAGAGGGCUACACGGACCCCGUUUGUCCUCGGUGUCGCGGAGAGGCGAGAGUGCGUAGAGUGUGCCGACGAGGGGUUCCCACCGGCGAACGCGGGCCAUCGGGCCGACCGUAUUGUCGCGGCAUGUCGCUCGACGGGACGGUCGCGAACGACCACGUGGCGAGCGACGCGUGCCUCGUACGCCUAUCGAUCACCGUUCGCAAAAAGUGCACGCCGGCCGUCGCCGCCGCCACCACCAUCACGAUCGUUACGCACAGUGAUCGUUAGCGUGUUGUCGAGCGAUCGGUGCCGGAAGCGACGUGCUCGACGGGCGUCACUUGGCAUGCCGCCGAUCGUUGUACGACCCCCCUCGGUGGUCGGCCGUCGUCGCUGCUCUUCACGUCGGUGCGUACGAACGCUCAAGCGGCUCGAUUAACAAUCGGUAGCGCGGCAGCCCGGAAUCGGGGCACGGAAGUGGAGUAUCGUAGACGCGUGGCCCGCGUGCCGGAUCGGUAUCGUGCCGGGGAUCAAGAGAGAGCGAUCAUGUGCUACGCUCGGUGACACCGGUCGCGAUCGUGCGCGGCGUUACCGUUGGCGGUACACGUAGUGAGCAGAGAGAGAGCAGAGCUACCACUGCGGGGCGGCUAUCACCACGUGGUGGACAUCCCCGGGCGUGUACUCGGGCGGUUUUGAACAGGACAAGAGGAAACGAAGACCGGAAGGCUGGAUCACCUCCGUGGAAUGUCUUCGGGCGCCAAGCGACUGGUGCAGUCGCUUAGGGGCCGGACCGGGGGUAGAGGCACCGGCGGCGGUCGUUCCGACGCCGGUGCCGGUGAGGAUAGCGGCGUCGGGGGUGGCGGGGCCAGCACCAGCGCGACGAGAUUGUGCCAUUACGACAGCGGGCAUGAGCUCGACGAGAUCUCAGUGAUCGGGGCUACCGUCAGAGACAACGAGGGACUGACGACGCCCACCACGCCGUGUCACUGCAGAAAUAUCAAGUACGGUAGUGGACAGACGCUUUGCAGCAUCACCGGAUUACCGCCCGCCCCCGCCAUACCCGCGCACAGAGGACAGUCUGGUGUCAUAGGCGGGGUGAGGCAUCGUCUGAGUGGCGGCUCCGCAUCCGCCCUGAGCUACGGGGGCGAAAAGUACGGCAGAAGCGGAAGGUCCGGCGACGGUAGAGGCGGGGGCGGCGGCAGGGGGAAGGAGGAUGACACCAAGAGUGCAGAGAACGUGUCCAGGGGGGUUUUACCCUCGAGGCAGAGCCUCUUGGACCUCGUCAGCGGUAAAUUCAUGGGCCGACACACACCCACUCACCACUACUACUAUCAGCAGCAGCAGCAGGUGUAUUCUGUGUCGCAGCGAUACUUCAGCUCGUCACGGGACUCGCUUUCGGGGGGAUACGUGAAUCGGGGGGCGAGCGAGCUCGAUCUGAGCCGCAAGCCGAGAAGAAGGGACCACCUAAGGGGCAGAUUCAAGCUGCCAUAUACAGUUGCGCUCACGUCCUCGCGUGACCAAUCGCACCUCCACACACCGGCAUCAGUCAAUCAUCUCAGCAAUAGUAGCUGCAACGGCACUGAAACGAGGUACACGGCGCAACAACAGCAACAGCAACGCGGUAGUAGAGGCUUUCCCGGCCAACCUGGAUCGAGGAAUUUUCGCACGGGUGCGCCAAAUUGGUCCUUCAUCUUCGAUCCUGCGGGACGUCUUUGUUACUAUUGGUCGAUGGUGGUUUCUCUUGCCUUUCUUUACAACUUCUGGGUGAUCAUCUAUAGGUUUGCCUUCCAGGAGAUCAAUGGAGAGACUCGUUGGGUGUGGUUCUGCCUGGACUACUUCUCGGAUUUUUUAUACGUGCUCGACAUAGUAUUUCACAUUCGAACGGGAUACUUGGAAGACGGCGUGCUGCAAACCGACGCCACGAAAUUGAGAAAUCAUUAUACGAACAGCACCACGUUUUACAUAGACAUCCUGUGCCUGCUGCCCCUCGACUUUUUAUACUUAUCUAUAGGAUUUAACAGUAUGCUGCGAAGUUUUAGACUCGUAAAAAUUUACCGGUUCUGGGCGUUCAUGGACAGAACCGAGCGACACACGAACUACCCGAAUCUGUUUCGCUCCACCUCCUUGAUACAUUAUUUACUAGUGAUCUUUCACUGGAACGGGUGCCUCUAUCACAUUAUUUAUAAGAACAACGGCUUCGGCAGUAAGAACUGGGUGUUCAGCGACUCCGAGACGGCGGACGUUGUUAAGCAAUACCUGCAAAGCUACUACUGGUGUACUCUUGCCCUAACGACCAUCGGUGAUCUGCCCAGACCGAGAAGCAAGGGCGAGUAUCUCUUUGUGAUUGGUCAGCUGUUCUUCGGUCUGCUGCUAUUCGCAACGGUGUUGGGUCACGUCGCAAACAUCGUCACUUCCGUCAGCGCGGCGCGAAAGGAGUUUCAGGCGAAGCUGGACGGCGUGAAGACUUACAUGCGGAUGAGGAGGGUACCGAAUCACUUGCAGGUUAAAGUUAUCAAGUGGUUCGACUAUUUGUGGCUGACGCAGAAGUGCUCCGACGAGGAGAAAGCAGUGAGUUGUCUUCCAGAUAAGCUGAAGGCAGAGAUCGCGAUAAACGUGCACCUGGACACGCUGAGGAGGGUCGAGAUUUUCCAGAACACGGAGGCUGGCUUCCUGUGCGAGCUGGUGCUGCGACUACGGCCCGUUCUUUUCUCACCUGGCGACUACAUCUGCCGCAAAGGUGAGGUGGGAAAGGAGAUGUACAUAGUGAAUAGGGGCCGACUGCAGGUGGUGGCCGACAACGGGAAGACGGUGCUCGCCACCCUUAAGGCGGGUUCCUACUUCGGGGAGAUCAGCAUUCUCAAUAUGGGGACCGCAGGUAACCGGCGAACAGCCAGCGUGCGCUCGGUCGGCUACUCGGACCUCUUCGUCCUCAGCAAGAAGGACAUGUGGGACGUGCUCAAGGAGUAUCCGGCUGCCAGGGUGCGCCUCGAAGCCAUCGCAGUCAAGAGGCUGGAGAAGUACAAGAGAGCUCCUCUGGAGAAAGUUGCCAUGGGCAGGUGCCAGAGCACGCCCGGUCUGGUGGAAUCGCGAGGCCGCAUAUCGCUGGAGGAUAUGUGGGUGUCUCCGAUCGACCUCAAGUCCCACGCGUACUCGACCGCCGCCUCGUUGUUCUCGCCGAGUCCGAGCCCGGUGACGACUCGCACCAUGCCGGGCGCGACGCUGACCGACGCGAACAACCUUCCCAGGGGUACGGAGAGCCCGAUGAGUGGGGCCAGCAGCGGCCCCAGCAGCGAGGACCAGACGGCCAGGGCGCCUCCGUCAGCCGCCACUCAAGCCUCCAUCGGCAGGCAAUCCACCCACUCCGGCAUGACUAACAGCACGACGCAGCUGGUGAGCGAGGGUACGACACCCUUGUUUGGCACUCACGAGGCUCUGUUGGCGGAGAUUCAGCGUCUCCGCGAGCGCCUGAAAUGCCUGGAGACCGAGAACGCGACGAUGAGCAUCAAGCUCAAUCAGCAGCAGUGGGAGGUCGAGCAUCGGCUGGCCGAAAUCGAGAUGCAGAUCUGCGGGGCGAGCUCGACCUCGAGCGUCGAGGACAACAAUGAGAGAAAUCGGGAGAGCAUUGGCGAUCAGGAGGAGCCGGACGAAGCGAGGGUCUUCAGCGACACGAAGUCGAUCGGUAGCCUGAGCCAGCACCUGUUCGAGAGCGACGAGGACGAGCGUUACUACGGUACCUGCAACGGCUACGUCUCGCAGCCCGGCAGCAAAUCGAAUCUGCUGCUGUGCAGCGAGUGCGAUCAGAAGACGCACACCUGCACCUACCAACCGCAAACACCUGACUCGCACGCCGGCAGAUACGUGGAGGAGCGUAUGGACGAUCGGCACCAGGAGCCGGGAACCUCUCGUGCCUAUAGAAGCCCAGUGAAGCUGUCCUCCCCGCGCUCGUACCGUCCCGAUCAGGAUCGCGUGGCGCAGACGCCGUCGCCACGAUCGUACCGCGAUCUGGAGCAAUCGGUGCCGAUAACGUCACCUCGAUCCUACCGGACGCAGCAGGAGCAGCAGCGACGCGGAUGGACCGCCAGGGACACGGACGAUCGAGGUGACGUCGACAGAGACCGCGAGAGCCCGAUCUGCGAGCUCUGCCGAGGUAACGGCUACGUCGUCGUGCACUGCGAGCACUGCGACUUCUCCAGCGACGGCGAUCUGAUCUGCUUCCGCUGCCAGAGCGACGAGGGCUCGUCCAACGGUCAUAUCUGCCCGCGGUGCGAGCGGGAGGCCGGAAUCGCGUCCAGCACCGGCAGAUCCGGCUCCAGCGACGAGGGCAACGGCAAGUACCCGGUGGACGCCGUGGUGAAGAUCCAGGUGAACGAUCGGACGAUCGACAUCGACUCCGACGAGACCCCCGAGAGCGAGAGCUCGGGCAAUUAUCAUCCCGCGAGGGGCGCGACGGAGCGGCUCGACACCAUCGUCGAGACGAAGGGCGACACUGCCAGCGAAAACGACGAGGAAAACGGCGGCACGAAGCUCAACGGUACCCCUAGCGCGAAAUAUCUCAAUUACAUGAUCGUGCUGUUCCUGUAAAUAAAAUGACGACGUUGAGAUAGAUGCGGCCGGAUCCGCGGCCCGUGGCUUGCUCAGCGCGGAAAGAGGGGUCCGUGGAAUCGUGCGCGGGGGUUGUAAAUUAUUGGAUCGUUGAAGCGACAAUUCUUUUUUGAUUAACCGAUCAUCUUAUCUUUUGGAAAUUAUCUCAAUCGUAACUAUUAACCAAAAAUAGUAAUAAUAAUUUUAACUGCAAAAUUCCGGCGUUGCUUCCUGCUGAAUUUUAUGAUUUUACUUUGACUCGAGACCAGUGACGUUACGUCCACGCAACGCAACCGCGAUCGAUCCGCGAAAUUGGACGGCCAGCGCGAUGGCGAACGCCAAAUCACUUACGAACUGUUGACGCUAAUAUCAAGGGGGCCGCGGCUCGAGCCGCACUGUAAAUAAACUGCCACUGGAUAUAAUUGAUCCGUACAAUAUAGGACCGUAUAGAUUAAUUAAUAGAUAGCUCGUAAUAGUUAAGAUGCAGAUCAAGCGAGGCGGAAAGAGGGGAAGAGAGAUAGAGAGAGAGUGUGUAUGUGUGUGUGUGUGUAUGUGCGUGUGUGUAUCACGUUCGACGCGCGCAGUAUAGCCAUGAGCUGAGAUCCGUGACGCAACGGUCGACACGUUUCGACGCGCGGUUCUUAGAGCGGGUGUGUGCAAAGAUUAUAAUUACUCAGUUACGGAUUGGCCAUCGGGGCUUAUAUCGCCAUUAACGGCGUCAAUAAUUUGGAUUAAUUAAACUUUGUACGUAAUAUCGAUCCUAGGUAGCUUCGAGUGGACAUGGAUGGGCAAAAACGAAACAGAAUUAAGACAGCUCGCUAUUUAUUAUUACUAGUCAGUCGGGAGUAAUUGCUACUUUUUUUUAUCAAUGCUCUGUACUUUUUUUCGAUAUGUUAAAGCUUGACAUGGUUUGUAAAAAUUGUUACUAUUAUUUUUAGCAGUGAUUUAAAGAGACGAACAGGUGAUAUUAAUCACAAGUAAUUACGAUUCUUGCACAACUCUCUACUAACUCAUGUUCGGGACCAACUAAAGCCAUCACCUACUACAUCACUGCUUCCGACUUCCGCUUCCAUCCGUGAUCAUCGUUUGUUCAUUCGGUCAAAAAAGGGGAUUUAAAAAUUCGAAUUCCGGAUAAUCUUCCGAUUCUGACGAAAAUCGGCAACAUCGUCAUCUUCAUAGUGUACUGAGACAGUCGAACCGAAUACUUCAUUCUCUCAUAACGAAGAAGGCAGGACAGAGCGACGCGUUUAGAGGCGAUACACGAGCGCGCGAAUUCACCGAAUCUCGUAAAAGCGGGGGAGAUAAAAAAAAAAGAAGAGACGAUUUUGUUCUCCUCCCACGUUUGUAACACGUGGCAGCGAUUUUUUUUUAACGUUUAUAAAUUAUGGAGUAGGGUCCUUACUAUAGACGUGUACGUUUUUUAACGUUUCAUCUUCCAAUUCCGUGAGUAUCCCGAAGUAAUCUGAAAUUUCCGGCGUGUCGAAAAAUAGAUCAAAUUCGACAUAUAAAUGAAACAGGGCAAAAUGAAGAAGGUAACGAAAGAAGUGGGAAACCGAUUCUUCUUCUUUCUUUUUCGUCAUUUCAAAGAGAGCGUAAAAGGUAAUCCGAGCGAUCGCGAAGUCGAUAAUCAUAAAAAAAGAUGAUUGAAACUGGUAUGAUUCCGAAAAGAAAUGUAUCUAUCGCCGAUUUCGCGAAUAAGCAGAUUGUCCUAGUGUGCUUUCAGUAUCGAAAUUUGAAAUAAUAGCGGACUAAGACGA